GCAACGUCAUGCCAAACUCAAAACCUCACCCUACGAGGCGAGAGCGAGCACGGAGGCAGAGGCGCAGACAGACCGGAGCUUCGGAGUACAUCUGUGAAUAACAGACACACUGCAUGAUGCGUGAGUACAAGUUGGUGGUCCUCGGCUCUGGAGGUGUUGGCAAGUCCGCUCUGACUGUCCAGUUUGUUCAAGGGAUUUUCGUGGAGAAGUAUGAUCCCACAAUAGAAGACUCGUACAGAAAGCAAGUGGAGGUGGAUGGCCAGCAGUGUAUGCUGGAGAUCCUGGACACUGCAGGGACGGAACAAUUCACAGCCAUGAGGGAUCUGUACAUGAAGAACGGCCAGGGCUUCGCACUAGUAUACUCCAUAACUGCACAGUCCACAUUCAACGACCUGCAGGACUUGAGGGAACAGAUCUUGCGAGUUAAAGACACUGACGACGUGCCGAUGAUCCUGGUGGGGAACAAGUGUGAUCUGGAGGACGAGCGGGUGGUGGGCAAAGAGCAGGGGCAGAACCUGGCUCGUCAAUGGAACAGCUGCGCCUUCCUGGAGUCCUCUGCAAAGUCCAAGAUUAACGUCAAUGAGAUCUUCUAUGACCUGGUCCGGCAAAUCAACAGGAAAACCCCAGUACCUGGAAAGCCACGCAAAAAGUCCAACUGCCAGCUGCUCUAAUACACAGCUGUUGUGUCGCUCUGAGCCAGGUCUGAUUUGCUGCUGUAUCUUUCAGCAGUGCCAGCAUUCCGACGUUACUAAAACCUAACAUUGAAUGGACUUUCCUGUGUGGUGAUGCCCCUUUAACAAAAUCGACCAAGCAAACAAACCAACCAAACUACAAAACUACAGUAUCACCCUAGUUUUUUUUGCACAUAAAUAACCAUGAUCACUUUCAAGAGUCGCAAGAGAGAGAUUUUUACUUAUAAAUAAAUAUAUAUUCUAACUGUAUGCAACUGAAAUAGAAAAAUAAUUACAUGGAUAAGUGAAUAAAGAGCUAAAGAAUUUUAAAAACACAGCGCCUACACACAGUGUUAUUGCUAACGGAGACAGCUACCGUUGGAAAUGUAAGAAGAGGGUGUCGAACCUGACUGUGCACGUUGCCAUGGCAAUUACAAUGAUGCGAUAUUUAUAAGCACCACUAUUUUAGCCAGAGAUGAGAGGAAGUCCAAAGAGCGCCUAUAUAGUCCAUUUCAUACAGCUAACUUUGCUCCUUGGUUUCUGUGCAUUUCUGUUUGUCAUUUUUGUCUUUGGUAACUAUUUGUUGCUUUUUAUUUUCUUUAUUUUCUUCUUUAUUUUCCUUCUCUCCUGCAUUUUCUCUUUUUACUAGAUUUUUGCUCUGCCAAGAUGGUGUAUCACAAGAACCAUUGAUAUGAUUAUCUUUAGGAAAACCUGUGGAUACAGUGAUGUACGUGUAAAAAGUAAAAAAAAAUAUAUAUGAUUUUUCUGUCACUAUCAUGUUGUCCUUAGCCUCAAAUGUUGCCUUCAAAUAUGUUAGCGCUUGUUUCUUUGAGAUGAAUCCAACUAAGAAAAAACACCACAAUCCAUUUCUCAUGCCAGGUUUCUUGGUUUGUUUGCAAAGAUGUUUGUGCAGUUGUAGGGCGGUGUUUCAAAAGGUGGUGCUGUUGAAAGGGACUUAGCAUUUUAGGAUUCACCAGUGAGAGACAUGGAAGUGUGCUACAUCAUAAUGUAGCCUGCCUCUUUCAGAAACCACUUCUCAUUGGCUGAACUAAAGCUAAAUAAAUGAUCCAUUUGCCUGUUAGAGGAUUACCCUACUACAGGAAGUAUACAGUGGAAAAACUUGAAGGUUUUAACACAGAAAAUGGGACAAGCGUCAUGAGUAGUGAUGUCAGUCUUUGCACUCCAGUACACUUACUGUAUGUAAAUUCUGUUCCCGUGCCCGUCUCCUUGCCUGCUAAUGCAUCUGGUACCCUGAGGAUUUAAAAACAAGAUAUUGGACCCUGUCAGUAGAAAGAGAGGGAGAGGGAGAGGGAGAGAGUGAGAAAAAAAGAAUUGCCUGUUAGUGACUGUUUCACCUUUGUAAUACUUGGUUUGACCUGUUUUCUGUCUGCGUUCCUGUGGGGUUAACUGUAGUGAAUGUUGGGGUGGGGACCUUGUGUUUCUGAGCAUGGGAAAAAAAGGGAACAAUAGAAAAAUGACCAUAUUGUACCAAGUGCAGUCAUAUGAGGCAUUCAUAAAGCAUUCAUAGGAUGAACUGUGCAGCACAAUGACAAAGCGCUCACCUGCGAUGUCUGUCCUGGCAUCAAAAUUCAUGUUUUGCAUUUUGAGACUGAAUAUAAUAUACAAUAUACUGUAUGUGCAUAAUGAAUGCUUUAUGCAUGUGUUAUGGGGUCUCGCUCAGUAUAAAAUGUGACAACACUUGGUUAAUCGGGCCAUAUUCAAGGCAAUGCUGAAUCAGUGAUAGAUACAGGCUAACAUGAACAUUGUGUCUACUCCUGUAAGCAAAUGCUUUGUUGCAGUUUUGUUUAUAAACAAAAACAUAAGACAUUUCCUUGAUAUUAAAACCAUGACCUGAGAGUGAGUCACAGGAUUUGAAAUGCAACAUCUGCGUAAUAGUAGGGUGGGAGGGGAGGGAGGGAUGGGUGGCCAAAUGUAAACUUAAAAGCCUUAAUUAAAGUGGUGCAAUUUUGUAUAACCAAGCAUCUGUAGUUCAAUAAAAAAAUUGGAUUGCCAUAAAAGGGCUUGCAAGAAGCCAAUUUUGCCACUUGGAUGUUUGUGUAUUGUUUCAGUUUUUCUGUCAAUAAAACAAAAACGGUUAACAUUU